GCUGACGGGGCGGAGGCGCUGGUCGGUUGAGGGAGUUCCCUCAGACUCUGUCUUGGUCGCUGUCACCGCCCGGUUUUCCGUCGCUCCAUGGUUCGCCGGUGAGAUCGGCGGCCGGCAGUCGUCUCCUCGGAAUGGAGCACAUCCGGACGACCAAGGUUGAACAAGUAAAAUUACUUGACCGAUUCAGUACCAGCAACAAAUCAUUAACGGGAACACUGUAUCUUACAGCCACACAUCUAUUAUUUAUUGACUCUCAUCAAAAAGAAACCUGGAUAUUACAUCACCAUAUUGCCUCAGUGGAGAAACUUGCUUUGACUACUUCUGGAUGCCCACUUGUGAUUCAGUGCAAGAAUUUCAGGACUGUGCAUUUCAUUGUUCCCAGGGAAAGAGAUUGCCACGAUAUCUAUAACUCUUUACUGCAACUGUCAAAACAAGCAAAAUAUGAAGAUCUCUAUGCAUUUUCUUAUAAUCCUAAACAAAAUGAUUCAGAACGGCUACAAGGUUGGCACCUCAUUGACCUUGCUGAGGAAUAUAAGAGGAUGGGAGUGCCAAAUUCACACUGGCAGUUGUCUGAUGCCAACAGAGAAUACAAGAUUUGUGAAACUUACCCCAGGGAACUUUAUGUACCCUGGAUAGCAAGCAAACCAAUAAUUGUUGGGAGUUCCAAGUUCCGGAGCAAGGGAAGAUUCCCAGUUCUUUCCUACUAUCAUCAAGACAAAAAGGCUGCCAUAUGUCGAUGCAGUCAGCCACUGUCAGGAUUCAGUGCCCGGUGUCUGGAAGAUGAACAUUUGCUUCAAGCCAUUAGUAAAGCCAACCCAGUCAAUCGUUACAUGUACGUUGUGGAUACCAGGCCCAAACUGAAUGCAAUAGCCAACAGAGCAGCUGGAAAAGGUUAUGAAAAUGAAGACAACUAUUCUAAUAUUAGAUUUCAGUUUGUUGGAAUAGAAAAUAUUCAUGUAAUGAGAUCCAGCCUUCAGAAAUUGUUGGAAGUGAAUGGUACCAAAGGGCUCUCUGUCAAUGAUUUCUAUUCUGGUUUGGAGAGCUCGGGAUGGCUUCGCCAUAUCAAGGCUGUUAUGGAUGCUGCAAUCUUCUUAGCCAAAGCAAUAGUGCUUGAAAAUGCAAGUGUGUUGGUACAUUGCUCAGACGGUUGGGAUAGGACCUCCCAAGUCUGUUCCCUUGGUUCACUUUUAUUGGACUCCUACUACAGGACAAUUAAAGGAUUCAUGGUUUUAAUAGAAAAAGAUUGGAUCUCAUUUGGACAUAAAUUUUCAGAGAGGUGUGGCCACUUGGACGGUGACCCAAAGGAGGCCUCACCAGUGUUUACUCAGUUCUUGGAAUGUGUGUGGCAUUUGACAGAACAGUUCCCACAAGCUUUUGAAUUCAAUGAAGAAUUUCUUCUUCAGAUUCAUGAACAUAUUCAUUCAUGUCAAUUUGGGAACUUCCUUGGAAAUUGUCAGAAGGAAAGAGAAGAACUCAAGUAA